AUGGAUUAAAAAAAAAGUCUGAGUGAUUUGAAACAAGCAUUGGCUUAUCGCAAUAGAAGCAAAGAUAUUAUUGAUGUAAUUGCAAAGGGAGUUCAAGAUAUUAAAUUCUUCAAAGAAAAAUAGUAGUUAUUUGAUCCAGCAUUAUAUUGUUAAAUGCUUAAAAAGAUCUAAUUGAAAGAAUUCAAAAAGGGAGAAGUCAUAUUUCAUUAUGGUUCUAAUAAUGUUGAAUAGUUUUAUGUAAUUCUCCAGGGUUAGGUUGCAAUUUUGUGUCCAAAUGAUAAAAGCAUUACUCACCAAUAGGUUAUCGAAGAGUACAAGAAAGGAAUAGAUUCUAAUCCGUAAUAACUGAGGAGAUAAUCGGCCAUCUACAGUCCUCGAUUGUCCGCCUUCAAUAAUAGAGCCCUAAAAGAUAUAAUUAUGGCACAGGCUUAUGGGCAAUUUUUUAGGAAUCAGUAAUUAUUCAAUUAUAUAGUUGAUUUUUUGUAGAUAUUCAAAAAGUCGAUUAAGAAUCCUUAAUUGAAGAAUACACUAAUAAUCCCAACCAAAUAUCAGUAGAUAAAUGGUUGGAUAAUUUGGUGA